AUGGUCAGAACGACUCUGCUGAUUUUCGCCCUGAGCGUUGUGGCCGUCCACAGCAACGGAAUCGCCGGACCUCUUUCGCAGGACUUCCAAACUUGGCUCAAGAGGUGUGAAGGUCAUUAAAGUAAUCAAAUCAUAUGAUUUCCAGCAACGGCUACGAUACUGACAACUUUGUGAGGUCGGACUAUGGUACACAAGGAAGUUACGGCGGCUUCGAUGCCAGUUCCAACAAGGUUCUUCUGAGAAACGUAAAGAAAAAAAAAGAAUUUUCAGGCGGUGAAUACUCCAGUUGUAUUUAUCCACGGAAACUCGGACGCCGCCUUGAAAUACUCUUCAACCGCCACGGGAUGGUCGAACUCAGUGGAAUAUUUCCUAAGCAAAGGCUACACCAACGCCGAGCUGUACGCGACUUCCUGGCAGGACACCAACGUUCUCAAGGCGUCGACUAGGUUUGAAAUAUGAGAAAAAAAAAACGCCCUUUCUUGUUCGUAUCUGUGCCUAAUUCCCGACCAAAAUUUGACUCACUCUCUCUUGAUUCAGAACUCACAACUGCUUCGACCUGACCCGGCUCCGGCGAUUCCUUGAAGCCGUGCUUUCUUACACCAAAGCGCCGAAGAUCUCUCUGAUCACUCACAGUAUGGGAGUCACCUUGGGCCGGAAGAUUAUCAAGGGAGGCACCGUCAAAGCCUCGGAUGGUCUGAAACAGGAAAAGCUUAGAGACAAUGAUUCCGUUUUCAGGAAACUGUGACUUGGGGCCGACGAUAAACGACAAAAUCGAGGUUUUCUUGGGACUGGCCGGGGCCAACUACGGUCUUUGUAACUGUGAAGGAGGCAGUGCGACUUUGGAGAAAACUUGCAAUCGGGAGGUAAGACUGGUCAAGAGUUUGCAAAACGUAGAAAACCUUUAAACCUGGAAGAAAUGCGCUUUAAAGUCAAAUUGAGAAAAAGAAAGGUUUGCUUCUCCCUGUACAGGUUGUUCGACACUAGCUUGAUUCUUCAUAGAUUUAUCAGCAGAUUUGGUUCCAAUUGGUCCUGAAAUCAAGCGAAGAUAAAGAUAGAAAAUAGGUUACGGACUUUUUUUCGUUUUCGAAAAAAAAGACAGAAUCACACAAAAAAAAAACGACUUUAUAUGCCACGAUUUUUGGCCCUAGAGCAAUUUUGCCGUCGCUGCGGCUUCUUCCCAUGACUUUUCUUCCUUUUUUUUUUUCGUAUCUUCAACCGAUUUUUAUGUUUAGAAUGGUUUGUGGCCUGGCGACUCCUGCGGAUUCAACUACCUGACGUGUGGCCUCAACCCGCUUUUAUAUCCCUGCAGCAGCGUCACCUACUCUUCCUUCUUGACCACGAUGAACACCGACAACAUCAAGGAGGCCGACCACGUCUUCAGCGCCUGGAGCCAUAGUUAGUUCUAAAUAUAGUACCUUCAUAAAACUUCAACUUUAAAAAUGACGAGUGAUGCAAAAUUCAAAAAUAUUUUUUUACUUCAAUUUCUUUCAACAACGACAUCAUAGAAACUUUGCGGUAACAUCUGAUUAUUUUUCAGUUUUCUCAGAAAACUUUUCUGUCUAUUAUUUGCUAUACUUGAGUGGCCACUAGAGGGGUUAAGAGGCCCCUGUAGUGGACGAGACAGUGUUUCCUUCGUUGCGCAUAAGGGCCUUUUAUUUUUUUUCUCUGAUUUAGAAACUGAUUGAGUGUAUUAAAAAGUCGUAUAGCAGCCACUAGCAUUCUUCCCUAGAUUGGCCACUUACUAAAAACCCUAGAGUGACCAAUUUCGCAAGCUUUAGCGACCCCUAGCGACUCCUAGAAGAAGGUAAGGUGGUCCCUAAAGGAUAACCUACAGUUGUUCCUAAGGUUACUCCUCUAGUGACCACUCAUCUUUACUAAUCUUAUACUUAUACGGUAUAUGUAUACCUGAUUAUUUUCCAGGCUUUUUCAGACAAAAGUUUUCUAUGACUAUGUGAAAUUGAAUUCGAAUUUCAAAGCUUCUAAUCUAAUAAACUGACGGAUUUUUAUGUGGUAAAUCUAAGAUCCGAUUAGCCGAGUUUCAUUGAAUUACAAAGAAAAUAGUUUCUUAUAGGAGCUCCGCAAAAAUAGGACAAAAAUGGAUUCAGGCGACAACGUGAUCGAGUACAACGACAUGACUUGGGGCAAGCCGACGUCGUUGAUCCCGAACUCCGACGGCAAGAAGGUCUACCUGACCUACACUCACAUGGAGACCAAGGAGUUGACGGCCGAAGAUCAGUUCACAAUGGUCAAGAACAAAAUCGUCCCCCAAUAA